AGCACACUGGCUGGUCAGUGUAGCUUCAGCGAUCUGCCCCUUCCUGACUUCAUCCCCACCAAGUGCUAAAGUUACAGAAAACACAUCCACAUCCAGCUUCUUUGGAGGUCUGAACUCAGGUCCCCAUGCUUCCAUUGCAAACACUUCACGGAGUGAACCUUUCUCCCAGCCUGAAGUGCUGGCCAUCUUUCAGCUUAUUUCAGCACUGAGGAAAAGCCCAAUCUGUGCCCUUUGUAGAUUCACUUGCUAGUUCAUGUAUUUGAGCCAUUGUGGAAGACCUCUGCCCAUUCACCUCCUCUCGCUUUGGACCCUGUUCCUGGCAGGCCAGCCAUGAAAGGCUACCUGGUGGCCAUAUUCUUGAGCUCCAUCUUCCUCUACUAUGUGCUAUACUGUAUCCUGUGGGGAACAAAUGGCUAUUGGUUCCCAAAUGAGGAAAUGAAGAAUAAAAACAAUGUCAAGAACUGUUUUAAAAAGCGCUUUGCCAGUCUUCUGAGGUUUCCUCAGUUUUACCCAUUUCUGUGUAAAGCUGACUUUGUAAAGGUUGCUGCCACAUACGGUACCAAUAAUUUUCUGUUGCCCUAUGGAGUAAAGACCUUUGAAUCGUAUUUCAGAUCGGCCUUUCAAACUGCAGGCCUGUAUGAUCUCUUUGGCAGAGUUGACACAAUGCCAUGUAAAAGGUGUGUGGUGGUUGGUAAUGGAGGAGUGUUGAAGAAUAAGACGUUGGGAGCAAAAAUCGACUCCUAUGAUGUAAUAAUAAGAAUGAAUAACGGUCCUGUUUUAGGCCAUGAAGAGGAAGUUGGGAAAAGGACAACCUUCAGGCUUUUCUAUCCAGAGUCUGUCUUUUCAGACCCCAGUCACUAUGAUCCCAAUACUACCGCCGUUCUCGUUGUCUUUAAGCCACAGGAUUUAAGGUGGCUGAUGGAAAUACUGAUAGGUAAAAAAAUAAAUACUGAAGGGUUUUGGAAGAAACCAGCUUUAAAAUUGAUCUAUAAACAAUACCAAAUCAGAAUAUUAGAUCCAUAUAUUAUCAGAGAAGCAGCUUUUCAACUGCUUCGUUUUCCCAGAGUAUUUCCCAAAGAUCAGAAACCCAAGCACCCCACGACGGGAAUUAUCGCUCUCACCUUGGCGUUUCACAUAUGCAGUGAAGUGCACCUUGCUGGUUUCAAGUACAACUUUUACACACCAGACAGUCCCUUACACUACUAUGGGAACGCCACCAUGUCUUUGAUGAAGAAGAAUGCGUAUCACAAUCUGACUGCAGAACAGCUCUUUCUAAAGAACCUUAUAAAGAAAAAAAUGGUGAUCAACUUGACUCAAAAUUGACCGUAGAGACUCAAAAGACGACGCUAAACAGUAUUAGUUUUAUUUUUGUACUGCAAAUUUUAGUUUAUUUUUAAAUAUAUUGAAUGAACUUAUCAAAUAAUUGUGUAUAUUAGGUCUGUUGCUGCCUGGUGAUUUGUAACCAUCAGCUAAAUUUCUGUGAAUAUAUUUAUGAAAAACUAAGAUUUUUAGUUAAGAUAUCAGGGAAAUAUGGAAUGAUCAUGUUUUGAUCAUGUUGUUUUUAAAUAUGAUCUUUAGUGUCCUGAGGGGUUUUAAAAUACCUUUUCAAAGUUCCUUCAUCUUAAGAGUUCUAGGCGAUUUAAUUGACUUCACUUAUUCUGACAGUCACAUAUCGUUUUGAGAUACUUAUUUAAGAUUGGUUACUCCCAGGCAUGUGACAGGAAGCCAGGGGGCAGGAAACCAGAAUUGCCUGGUUGUGGAAGUCCAUGGUGUCCAUAGCGGUUUAAUUAAGUUUCCUCUGCAAUUAAUUAAAGCAGUAAUAAUUUGCUGUUAGGGAGUAAGGGUAGCCUUGUCCAUGUUAGAAAAGCACUCUCACAGGAUGCAUCCUGAGACUUUGGUGUGGGGAAGCAGGUUCUUACUAUGUAGCCCACGCAGGCCUUGAACUUGGCUUCUUACCUCAGCUUCCCAAGUUCUGGGAUUACAGCCAUGUGCCAUUGCACCCUACAGCAUCGUUUCUUAAAAUUAAAGUUUUUUUUUUUUUUAGACAGGGUCUAUAUAGCUCUGGAUGGCCUAGAAACUCCAAUGUAGUCCAGGUUGGAUUUGAACUCAGAGGUGAGCCUUUCUGUUGGAUGAAGGGUGUGUGUGUCAGUGUUAACUGUUCAAGAAAACUUAAAUGUUUAUUUGAAGAAAAUUAGAAGAGUAAAACAAUGCAAAUAAAACCUUAAUAUUUUUUUUGUUUAUUUGCAA